CUCGGUGGAACUGGCAGGAGACGUCUGCAAGAAAGCGAGUCUCCCGGGUGUCUCAGCACUCGGGCAGAAGCAGCGGGCUUUGUCACGGCCAGCCCCGGGGGCGGCCGGCACCACGCGCCCAGGACUAACCGCGGGCCGGCCGGCGAGGCCCGGGGCGCGCGGCUCCUCUCCAGGUGCUGCGUGCCGGAUCCCGGGGUCCCGGCCCCGCCCCGCGCUGUCCCCGCAGCCUCGCGGGCUGCCGGGCUUUGUGGUUCGCCCGCGCGGCUGGGCCCCUGCUGGGGGUGUCGUUGCGAGCAUGUGCAGACAGCAGCCCAAGCCUUCAGGAUAAUUCCUUCAGCAGCGCCGCUGUAACAGAGUGUGACGAAGACACUGUCUCUCUACAUGAAGACCAGAUUGACUGCUCCAGUCUCAGAGAUGAGAACAAUAAGGAGAAUUACCCGGACGCGGGGGCUCUGGUAGAGGAGCUCGCGCCGCCCGGCCCGCGCGAGGCGCCGCAGCAUGUAGAGCAGACCGUGCUGGUGGACGGCGUGCUGCGACCCAGCAUGGGCAACUUCAAGUCCCGCAAGCCCAAGUCCGUCUUCAAAGCGGAGAGCGGGAGGAGCCACGCGGAAAGCCAGGUAGCGGCUCCAUCUCCUCGGGCCUUUGCCAAGGAGACAGAGCACGUGGUGCCCAGCCAGUCAGAGUAUCAGGGGAAGGCAGGAGCGCCAGCUCAGGAGAGUCCACAAAACAAUACCUUCAGGUGCCAAGAAACAGUGCGACUUCAACCAAGAAUAGACCAGAGGGCUGCCAUUUGGCCAAAGGAUGCUUUUGAAACUCAGCAGGACUUAAAUGAGGAAGAAGCUGCUCAGGUGCACGGAGCGAAGGACGCGGCCCCAGUGUCGACCCAGAGUGCGCCUGCCGAUGGGGCGGAUUCCGCAGACCCCGCGCCAGUCUCCAAAGACGCGCAGAAUGAAGCCGACAGCGCCCCAGAAGACCUCCAGUCAGUGGGGACCAGCAGGCUGCUCUAUCACAUCACCGACGGCGACAACCCGCUGCUGUCGCCCCGGUGCUCCAUCUUCAGCCAAAGCCAGAGAUUCAACCUAGACCCUGAGUCAGCCCCAUCGCCACCCAGCACUCAGCAGUUUAUGAUGCCCCGGAGUUCCUCGCGGUGCGGCUGUGGAGAUGGUAAGGAGACUCAGACCAUCACCCAACUCACCAAGCACAUCCAGAGCCUCAAGAGGAAAAUUCGGAAAUUUGAGGAAAAAUUUGAACAAGAAAAGAAAUACCGGCCUUCACAUGGUGACAAGACUUCUAAUCCCGAAGUCCUGAAAUGGAUGAAUGAUUUGGCUAAAGGUCGUAAACAGCUCAAAGAACUAAAGCUGAAGCUGUCAGAAGAACAAGGGAGUGCUCCCAAAGGCACACCUAGAAACCUGUCCUGCGAACAACCCACAGUCCUCAGAGAGAAUGGGAAGCCGGAAGCUGCAGGCCCUGAGCCAAGCUCCUCAGGAGAGGAGACUCCAGAUGCUGCCUUGACAUGCCUAAAGGAGAAGAGCGAGCAGCUUCCCACCCUGGAGGAUUCUAAGGUAACUAAGCAAGACAAGAACCUCAUAAAGCCUUUUUAUGACCGAUACAGAAUUAUCAAGCAAAUCUUGUCAACGCCUUCCCUUAUUCCAACAAUUCAGGAGGAAGAGGACUCUGAUGAAGACUGUCCACAGGGAAGCCAACUAUCUUCUUUGCCAGAUCCAGCGUCUCACCUUCCUGUUGGCGACCACCUCGCCUACUCUACUGAGACUGAGCCUGUUAGGGCCCUGCUACCGGAUGAAAAGAAAGAAGUAAAACAACCAGCUCUCUCCAUGUCCAAUUUACAUGAGGCCACCAUGCCUGUACUUCUUGACCAUCUCCGAGAAACUAGGGCUGACAAGAAGAGACUGCGGAAAGCCUUAAGAGAAUUUGAAGAACAGUUUUUUAAGCAAACAGGAAGAAGUCCACAAAAGGAAGAUAGGAUACCAAUGGCAGAUGAAUAUUAUGAAUACAAGCACAUAAAAGCCAAACUGAGACUAUUAGAGGUCCUUAUCAGCAAGCAAGAUGUGGCCAAAACUAUCUGAGGUUCAGGAAAUGUUUAUGAUCACUUUUACCCAAGAUAGUCAAAUUUACUUUCUUUGCCAUUCUUGCUAAGUAGUUUUGACAUACCGAAAAUGGAAGCACUUUAGUGGUAGCAUUAGCUGUUUUUAAGAAAGGAUAGCAAGUGUAAUUGUAAACAAUGAGAAGGGAUUUAAUGGGGGAAAAAUAUAACAGGUAGUCAUAUAAUUGGAAAAAAGCUUCAGCCUCCUCCAUGCCAAGGAGAAAACUCAGUCAAUAUAAUUAUUUCAAAAGCAUCUAAUGUUUUAUUAAGUCCAAAUAACAUAGCUGGGCCACUUGUUAGGGAAAGUUUUAGAAUCCAAAGAUUGUUUAUGUUGAUGUAUGGAAAAGACCAUAAUUUAAAAAAAUCAGAGGAGGAACAGAAAUUCUGCUUGUUAUACAGAAAGGAAUACGGCUAGUAAGAAAGUAACUUAUUUGAAACUUCUUAUAGAUUCUUAAGUGAUAAAAACCUCUACUACCUUGUCCCUUAAGUCUGCUAGGCUUUUAGUACCCUAAAAUAUCCUAGAAUGUGUCACUAACUUUUUUAUUUCUAUAUAAAAAUAAUACAUUAUUUUAUCUGUUAUUUGAAAUUUUACAUUUCUGGUUACCAAAGUUCAUUCUGAUAGCAUGUACUUUGUGAAUUAUUAUCUUUGUCUAUAAUUGACAGAUGUUUAUAUUAAAAUAAAAUAUUAAAAUUUUAAAAUAGGUAUUUUGGAUAGAUGUGUCUGCAGUAUAUAAUCUAAUGUGACCAUAGUAUUAUUGCUAAUCUUUUUGUUUACUAUAAGAUUAUAUAACUAUUUUUCCAUUGGGAAUAUGCAUUUUUCUUAAUGUUCCAAGGUCUAUACUUUGUAAAGUCAAACUUUCUCAUGAGCUGUGGUUAUUCUUCAUUCUAUACAAAAGGAAAGGUUUAAAAAUUGUUUGCCAUGACACCUUGGAAAAGAAGCCAGAAUAUUUUAUUUGCCUCAUCAACUUUAGUAUAUAUUAUUUUGUAUUAAAACACAUUUUUUAUUUUGGUUUUUGUAAAAACAAGUAAAAGGUCAACAUUUUCUCUUAUGUACCAACCAUGUUUGUAUUUCUAUUUUCUGUAAUGUUUAAGCAUAAAGUUGAAAUUCACAUUUUCAUAUAGUUUGGAUGGGAAGAAUACUGACUAUAUCAGAAGCAGACUAUUUCAGAGGCUUGUUUUCUCUGUAUUUACCUGACAUUUUAUAAUUUUUAUGAAUCAGAAUAAUGUCCUUCAUAAAUUUGUUUAAUUGAAGUCAUCUACUUGUAACAGGACAGAUACACAACUAUUUGAGGUUUACAAAUUACAUCUUUGAUAAGGGAAAUGGUUUCGUGACAUGUAUACAAUUGCUAUUAAAAUGUAACUCUAUAUAUUCUAUAUGAUUGUAAAUAUUUUAUACAACAAUACAAAUAAAAUAUUUUUCUAUUAUAUUUA